AACCAGCUGAAAAGGAUGACGAGGGUUCCCAACGUAGAUUUCGGUCAUUUAGGCGAUUCAGAGCGCAUUCUUGCGCGUAACUAUUUUAUUGCGUUAAUUAUGUAAUUUUUUUAAUUUUUUUUAGCCGACUGAAUGAGUAGUUUGAGGAUAGAAGCGAUUCCGGAGCGCUGCCAAAACCGAAAAACAUUUUACGUCUGCAAGCGAGUCCGACGAGGUGGCGUGUGGCGUGUUUCGUUUCAUUUUUCUUUUUUCUCUCUAUUUUGUUGUUUACUGACGGCGGCAUGGCUGCGGUUUUCUUUCGCACGGUUCCGAAAAAUAUUCUGGUGGUUGGGGCCCGUCAGUUACGACACCACUAUGCUCUUCGAAUGCACGCUUGUAGGUGUCUACAAGUUGCACAGGCCAAUAGCCGCGUUCUCGAACGUCACAAUGUUGGUCUCGGUGCCGGCGACCGUCUCAAAUCCAGGGCUUUCCACGUCGGCCAGCAGCUCCAAAAGGUGGUCUCGUUCAAGCUCUCCGACAUUGGAGAGGGUAUCAGCGAAGUUCUCGUCAAAGAAUGGUAUGUAAAUGUCGGCGACAAGGUGAGCCAGUUCGACAGCAUCUGCGAGGUCCAGAGCGACAAGGCGUCGGUGACGAUCACGAGUCGCUACGACGGACGUAUCGUGAAGCUCUACCAUGAGGUGGACGGGAUCUGCAAGGUGGGCUCUACCCUGGUGGACAUCGAAAUCGCCGACGACGGCGCAGAUUCCUCGGACAGCGACCAGGUUCAAGAUCAGGCGGUGGGGGCGCCAGCCAGCCAGACAUCCGCUCCCCAUUCGUCGGACGCCUCCGGCCAACUGGACAAGGUCCUCACCACUCCGGCCGUUCGCCGGAUCGCCAUGGAAAACAAUAUCCGACUUUCAGACGUUCAGGGCAGCGGUAAAGACGGAAGAAUCAUGAAGGAGGACGUCGUCAGGUACAUUGAACUUCUCCAAGCACCGAAGGAGCCAACCGCCGCGGCGCCCAAGCCGACCGCAGCCAAGCCGCAGCCGGCUGCCAAGCCCCCGGUUGCGGCGGCAGCGAAGCCACUGCCUGUCACGGUGAUCCGGUCAACACAAGAUCGGGUGGAGCCACUCAAGGGGAUUCGCAAGGCCAUGGCCAGGACGACGACCCAAUCCCUGGCCAUCCCGCACUUCGGCUACUGCGACGAGAUCGACGUGACGCGGCUGGUCCAGCUCAGGCCCCUGCUCAAGCCUUUCGCCGAGAGCAGAGGGGUCCGGUUGUCCUACAUGCCCUUCCUCGUAAAGGCCCUGUCGGUCGCCCUGCACGAAUACCCCGACCUCAACGCCCACUUUGACGACAAGGCGGAGAACCUCACCAUAAAGGGCGCCCACCACAUCGGCAUAGCCAUGGACACGCCCAGCGGCCUGGUGGUGCCCAACGUGAAGAAUGUGGAGUCCAAGAGCAUCCUGGAGGUGGCCGCAGACCUCAACCGGCUCCAGGAGCUGGGCAUGGCGGGGCAGCUAUCCAGCGCCGACCUCACAGGAACCACCUUCACCCUCUCCAACAUUGGCACGGUGGGUGGGACGUACGCCAAGCCCAUCAUUGUGCAGCCCAUGGUUUGCAUCGGUGCCGUCGGCCAGAUCAAGCUGCUCCCACGCUUCGACAAGGAAGAAAAUCUCAUCAAGGCGCACAUAAUGCAAGUCAGCUGGUCGGCCGACCACAGGGUCAUAGACGGCGCCACCAUGUCGCGCUUCUCCAACCUCUGGAAGACAUACCUCGAGACGCCGGCAGUCAUGUUGGUGCAUCUAAAGUAGACGUCGGCGGCCACAUUGGUGCACCCGAAGUAGAGCCCACCGAGUCGUGGCAUGUUGACCCGCGCGCCCAGCCAAGCGAACGGACGCCAGCCAUGCGCUGGACUACUUGUUUCUCGGGUCGUCUGCUCUGAGAUGAAGGAGAGGACAGGAGGUUCUGAAACAAUGGUUUAUGUUUUGCAUUUUGUUUCUAGCUGUCUUUGUGUACAUAGAGUGGGAAACCUGAACCUUAAAUAAUAGAUCCUGAGAAUCGAUUUCUUAUGCUAGACCUCUGUCGUUUGCCGUGCAGGUGUGGCUAGGAGGAGCAUUUGCUCUGUGAACGUACCAAAAGAAAAGAUCUUUUAUGAAUCAAGUUAUUAACAGAAACCACGAUUUUCGUAGACUGAUAUGGAGUUAUAAGCCUUGCUUAUUUCAAUCUGAAGUUUUGUAAGCUUAUUGAUUUAACAUAAUCGGGUAGGCCAAAAGAAAAAAUAAUUCCGACGAAAAAAAAAAGGCUUAACUCUAUAUUGGCCCAUGGUCAAAUUUUUAAUUUUAUGUGUAACUUUAAUUUGAGGCCUGUUUUUGCUUUGCCAUUUUCAGGAUCCAAAUUCUCCCACCUGGCAUCAUCUUCGUGGUAGAUCACAGUGUGGUAGCAAUCGAAGCAGAUUUUUACGGUUCGUUUUAAGUAUGCUAGAUCCGUUUGGUCCACCCCGUGUGUUCGAAGACUCGUCUUGGUUGGGUGGGCCCUCUGUCCCACCUGGAGCGUGGCUGGACGUCCGACAAGUCUUGAGACUUUGAAACUGCAGUUUUUGAUUUCGUUGCGACUCUCGCAGAUCCAUCAUCCAGAUGGAGGGUUGACUGUCGUGGUGGCUCCACAUCUGCCACAACUUUGGGUGAUCUGGUAUACUCGUACACUUGCAGAAUGAAUGGAUGAGCCGCGAUACGUUGCUUCCUAGCAUGCAUGGUACGGGGAGGCGGGGAUCACUAUGUUGGCUGUUUGGGUUCAAGUAGAGCUUGUGUAAAUGUAUGUUCACGGACUAUCACAUCAAAAUAAGGUGCAUUUGUUGUUACUUAUUGUUUUUAUGCAAUUAUUGCAGGAUGUUGGGUUGACUGCUUCGGCUCGCAGCGUCCUCUUAGGUCGUUGUAAGGUGAAGAUACAGACAGAACAAAUAGUUGAUCGGAACAUUUGAGGUUGACAGUUGUGUGCAGAUGAAUGAGCACUAUGUGAAAGUGGAGGGAAGUGUGUAAGAUGUGGAGGGUGGUGUGGUAGGUGUGAAAAUAUAUUGCAGAUGAGAUAACUAACUGGCGCAGCUUUUAUUUUGAUUUUUUUAUUGGGUUAUUUUUUUUUUCUUCUUUUUUAUAGGACCUCUUUUAGUUGAGGUCCCAUUCCGCAGCCAAUUCCAGAAGUGCAAGCAACUGCAAGACAAAGUUCACAGAUGGGUUUCAUUCUGCACUGUUUCUACUCUUUGUUGUUUUUCCUCUUUCCUUUUUAAACCUGCAGCUUAUCUGCACAAUGAAUGAGCUUAGGGGGAAAUAAUGUUGGUUAAUGGUGUUAGGAUUGGGAGCAAAAUAAAGUGUACCGGCAUCUUU